AUGUCUACUCCAGAGUCUCCAUACUUUUUCCCAGUCCCUAGUGUAGUAUUGGUGGGGAUCUUCCAUGGAUACUUUAUAAGCAAAGCUCUUGGGACGGUCAUUCUCUCUAUUUUAAUGAAUUCUACAGUAAUUAUCUUUUCUGGAAAGUUCUUUAUUCAAGAAUAUAUAAUUAUAUUAAUCUUUAAUAGUACGGGAUUUGCCCUUGCUACGGCAUCUAUUACUGACUCUGUAAUAUUAAAUACUGCUAGUUUUACUGGAAGUCUGUUUACCAUAUUACAAAGUGCUGUGAUAGGAGGUGCUGUUAUAGGAGUAUUUAUAAUAGCUUUAAAUAUUAGUAUUAUAAUGGUGGGAUCCGUGGCAAUCAGAAUACAGUGGAAUUAUUUUAAAACAGUACCACGGAUGGGCUAUAAUAUUAAAAAUACUAGUAAGACUGGAUACUGUAAUAGUGAUCAGCCAGAUAAUGGAUUUAAUUACAGGGUAAAAAAGGAAUGGGUAAAAUUGCUUUAG